ACUGAAGUUUGUCCCUCCGCGGCUCCAGUAGAAUCUCUUCCGGCAGUGACAAGUGCAGCAGAACUGUGUUAGCGGUUUCCGUGAAGGUCGUGAGUCCAACCCGUGAUCAACCAUGUCUCUCGCAAAGCCGGCGAUGAGGGGCCUGCUGGCCAAGCGUCUGAGGUUUCACCUGUCCAUCGCUUUCACCAUGGCUCUCGCUGCUGCAGUAGCGUUCAAGUACACAGUGACAGAGCCCAGGAAACAGGCCUACGCUGACUUCUACAAGCAGUACGACGCCGUCAAAGACUUCAAGGCCAUGAGGGAAGCCGGCAUCUUUGAGAGCGUGCGGCCCUCCGGGGAGUAAAGCCACUCUCUGCUUCCCCCUCAUUCAUUCCUGGUCUGAAGAUGGUUCCUUCUCGCGCCCUUUGCUGUUAUUUACUGAUCAGAUGUGAACAUUGCUUCACUGUUUUGUUCCUCUAAAUAAAAUAAACUAUUCUAAAAAUGUGA